AUGGACGAUAUCACGCAUGUUAAACCUGCUAGUAUAAAUACUGACGGUCCAUCAGAGCCGGCUCUUAUAAAUAAACAGAACAUAGAAUCGCUCAACAUACUCGAACCUCCGAAAGUUCGCACAAAGCUGCGUACCUACACCCUCUUAGUCGCUCUCUAUCUCACCCUCUUUGUUGCGGCAUUAGACCAGACCAUCGUAGCAACAUCCAUCCCCUCGAUCUCUGCCGCCCUGCACUCCGCUUCCGGCUACGUCUGGAUCGGCGGCGCGUAUGUGCUAGCCAACGUGGCCGCGGGCCCGAUCUGGGCGAAAUGUAGCGACAUCUGGGGCCGCAAACCUGCUCUCUUAGCAGCCGUCGGCGUCUUCGCCGUCGCUAGCAUCAUUGCGGCGUUAAGCACGAACAUGCAGAUGCUAAUUGCGGCUCGAGCGCUUCAAGGCGCUGCUGGUGGGGGGCUGCUCCAAUUGGUGACUAUUACCAUCUCGGACCUCUUCGAUAUGCGGAGCCGAGCCUUGUAUCUGGGCUUCCUCGGUGUGAUGUGGGCGCUCGCCGGAUGUGCCGGGCCUCUGAUUGGAGGAGCGUUUACCCAGCUUGUAAGUUGGCGGUGGUGCUUCUGGAUUAAUCUGCCGGUCUGUGGUGCUUCGUUCUUGCUCUUGCUCCUUUUCUUGGAUGUCUACGAUCCUCAUACUAAGCUGCGCGACGGCUUGGUGGCCAUUGAUUGGUUCGGCACCUUCUCCAUUUUGGGAGUUACUCUCCUACUUCUUCUCGGGUUGGACUUCGGUGGCGCGAUCUUUCCGUGGGAUAGUCCGAAGGUCAUCUGCUUGAUUGUAUUCGGAAUUGUGAUGAUCGGCUUCUUCAUCCUGAGCGAGCAGCGCUUAGCCAAGUAUCCCCUAAUUCCGCUUGGAAUAUUCAAGGAUUGGUCUAACAUCGCGACCUUCCUUCUUGCUUUUGCACAUAGCAUGGUCGCUAUCGGCGCGGAGUAUUAUCUACCGUUAUAUUUCCAAAGUGCGAAGCAAGCAUCACCUGUUCAUAGCGGUCUUCUAAUACUGCCGAUGAUGAUAACGGAAUCAGCUGUGGACGUAUUGGUCGGUGUCUUGAUCCAUCGCACAGGCCGCUACAGGGAAAUCAUAUGGGUCGGGGCAACGUUCAUGACGUUAGGCACAGGGCUGUAUAUUAAUUUCCGGCCGGAUACGUCUCUCGGGGAGAUUAUCGGAUACCAAAUCAUCAAUGGCAUCGGCACCGCACUUCUAUUCCAAGCACCCAUGAUCGCCAUUCAAAACACUGUGAGCCAAGCCGAUACUGCGUCAGCUACAUCGGCCUUAGGCUUCAUCCGCAAUUUAGCGACAUCCUUAUCCAUCGUUGUCGGCGGCGUAGUGUUCCAGAAUAGUAUGACUAAUCGCCAAUCGUCCCUUGCAGCGGCUGGUCUCAGCGGGUCUAUUCUCGAGGCUCUAUCCGGCGAUCAAGCAGCAGCAAAUGUUGAGAUCGUUCAGUCCAUCCAAGAUGCAGCUCAGCGCCAAGUGGUGCUGGAUGCCUUUUCGUGGAGUAUAAGGAAUAUGUUCAUACUAUACACGAGUGUGUCUGCCCUUACGGUGGUAGCGAGCGUUUUUAUUAAACAUCGACAACUGAGAACGGAGCAUACUGAGACGAAGACGGGGAUCCAAGAGUUGACGGAGCGGAAGACUUGA